AUGGAAAUCCGUCUAUCUGGCACGACGGUCAAUACUUCAGCGGUGCUGGGGAAUAUUGACGCCUUUGCUUCGCACCUAGCCCAAGCCAAGGUCGCGCCAGGUCACGCCCUUUGCCUUUGCACAGCACCACCUCGAAAAUUGGUCAUACGGGCUGUCAGGACCAGACUCUUUUUGGCAGUCUGGCCCCACGAUGGCCAUAACCAUCAUUACGCUUGCCCGUUUUACCGUGAAGAGGAAGACGCCGCAAGCGUAUCGAUCGGCGCGCUCCCGGCCGUUAAGGAAACAGCAGACGGCUUUGAAAUAGCCACGGACUUCCAGCUAGAACGCAUUCGGAGCCAACCGGGGGCGACAUCCCUGGUCGAGCAUGAGAGUGUCCAGGAGGCUAUCUCGAAAGGGCAAAGGCCAUCCCGUACACGAAUGGGGCUGCUUGGCAUCGUUCAGCACUUAUGGAAAGAGAGCAACCUGAACACUUGGGGCUCAAACUGGAGGCGUGACUGGUGGAGGGUGACUCAGGCAUUGUUACCGGUCAUUGAACAGGGCAAGCUUGGCCGCCGCGAAAUGCGUGAGUGUCUGUAUCUGGUGCCAGAACUGAACUCUGGCCGGCAGCGGGCGAUUGAAGCAGCCUGGGCCAGAUUCAAGGAUUCCCUGAUGCCCAGCGAUUGUGCAACCCCCCUUGGGGUUAUUUUGGGGGAGGCGAUGCGGAUUGAACAGUCGCGGUUUGGGUAUCGCCUGACGUUGCGCCACUUUUCACCAUUUUUAUACAUGACGGAGGAUCUUCGAAACAAACUGGCCACGUCGUUUCCCAAGGGGUAUCACCGCAUCGGCAAUCGUGAUCAGCAACGUGUGAUCGCUAUAUGCUUGGUUGAGUUGACCGCCAACGGAAACAUUUCGGUAACAGACGCGGCGCUGAUGCCAACAUCGAGGCACUUCAUCCCCAUCGACUCAAGCUACGAGGCAACGCUCGCGGACUUGCUUGUCGAGAAGAAGCGCAGUUUUAUCAAACCACUCAGCGUGCGAACCGGCGAAAGCACGUUGCCGGAUUUCAUUUUGACCGACACACGGCCAGAGUACGUCCUGGAGGUGUUCGGCAUGAACACGCACGAAUAUAUUGAGCGGAAAAUCGCCAAGAAGGCCAUCUACAAAGCGGAAGGAAAACCGGUUUGGUCAUGGGAGCCUGAAAUUACCCAUACGCCGCCUCCACUGCCAAGCGCUUCGGAAGUAAAGCAUCGGCCUCAACUUGCUCACAAUGGACUCCAGGGUGAAGGCCCAUGA